AUAACAUACCGUACGAGAAUAUUUUUCGCCCAUAACCUACUGCGAUUCUUGAAUAUUUCACAUUAACUGUUAACCAAUAAGAAUGUGAAAUGUUUCCCCAUAACCAAUAAAAUGUGCGUCAUGAUGCUGGUCACAGUCUAGUGACAGACCGCCAUAUGUCACGGUGGAGCGUGAUUUCUGUCCAAGCGCAGAAAGAGCCUUACUGCGUUACUCAGUGAAUGUUUUGCGUGAACGCAGCUAGCAUUUUUGUGUUUUGCGAUUGCUGCCUCGCUGCCGAACAUGGCUACCAGCGCUAAGAAGCCCUCCCUAGGAGCCAUGGCACCCCGGAAGAAGGCUGCUCUGAAGCUGGAGCUGACGGAGGAGCUGAAGCAGGAGAUCAGGGAGGCCUUCGAGCUGUUCGACACCGAGGGCUCGGGACAUAUCGAUGUCAAGGAACUGAAGGUGGCCAUGAGAGCGUUGGGAUUUGAGCCAAAAAAAGAGGAGAUAAAGCGGAUGGUCAGUGAAGUCGAUAAGGACGGCACUGGGAAAAUCGACUUCAAUGAUUUCCUGACAGUCAUGACACAGAAAAUGGCGGAGAAAGACUCAAAGGAGGAAAUCCUGAAAGCGUUUCGUCUGUUUGAUGAUGACGAGACAGGGAAGAUAUCUUUCCGUAACCUGAAGAGGGUGGCCAAGGAGCUGGGGGAGAACCUCACAGAUGAGGAGCUGCAGCCCUUCACACUACCAUUAAUGGACUUGAUGGUACCCUUCCUCCAGGAGAUGAUUGAUGAAGCUGACCGGGAUGGCGAUGGAGAGGUGAACCAGCAAGAGUUCCUGCGCAUAAUGAAGAAGACAAGCUUGUACUGAGGGCAGUCAGUCCCAGGAAGGCCCAGCACCCCCAGAUGGUCAUGCCGACUUGCUCCCUUUUGGGGGACACAGUCACCUUCUAGUGCAUUAACACUGCUUUGUGGGGACCCACCAGCUGAUCUCCUGGGGAGCCAGACUUACUAUUUGGAACAAGAACAAAACAAGGAGGGGGGGGGGGCAAUUCAGAAUAAAAGCUGAGCUUUAACCCAGCAAAGAAUGUUUGCUGAGGUUCCUACGUGACUUUGGACCAAGUUGACUAUGGAAUGUCUUUGCCAGGCUGAACUGGUUUUUGAAAAGUAUGAUUUCCAGAGGUCAGGUGAGCUUUAGCCAUAGUAUAUAUGUACCUUUCUAUAUAGUAAAUGUGUAUUACAAAGGGUAAGAGAGUUCCACAAGAUAGACAACUAAUGUGCCAAAAACUAUAAUUCCUAUUAAACAGCCCCCAAAGCAUGGUGUUUCCCAGUCUGCUUUCUAUGGGAGGUGCACCUCCAAUGGGGCUGUUUUCAAAGUUACAUCCACAGUGCCUACAGUAUGUAUAUUGCGAUCUAUCACAGGACUACAAGAACAGGGCAGUUGGGAUAUUCUAUCUGCUCUCUAACUGGAAACCUUAUAUGCCUAGAUCCUUUGCCAGGUAAAGUACAAUUGUAGUAUUAUUCAGUACCCAAAGCAUCAGGCUCACUCUUUCAUAUGUUUUUGUGAGGUAUUAUUGAUAUAAAAUGCAACUGAAAUCGAAUCCUUGCUUUGAGUCACCUUAAACCAGUAUUGCUGUGAAUAUAUUUAUGCGGGGGUGCCUGCUUGUAUAUGCUGUCAUCUCCCCUUUGUACCACAGCCUCUAUAGAGAAACAAAUUAGGCCAGUUCUUCCCUUGCCCUGCUAGCGCCCCCCGAUGGCUAUUGACUGUAUGUGACGUGAUCCUGUUGCUGGUUUCUUUGUUACUCCUGCUACAUUUUUGUCUUUGUAUAGUUUUUGCUCCAUGUUGUGUAUUGAUGGAUGUUUUGUACAGAUGCUGCAUAUUCUAUUUAAAUAUCAAAGAAAUCAUUAAACGAUUUAACUCUUA